AUGAGUUCCGAUGAUUUUUCAAGUAUUUUAACUUCUAUUGAUCAGUGGUUCAUUGAGAACGGGGAAACGUGCAGCCCAAGGUCAAAUGAGCUAUCUUUUAAAGGAUUUCUGCUCGUUUCUUUAGCAAAACAAAGAGAUGAUAAAAACCUUGAUUUCGAUGAAAUGAUAAUCAAUAAUCUUAUCAGAUAUUCAAUAAAAACGAAUUCAUACGAUUUACAAAUACAACUUAUUCAGACUUUAGCAGAAAAUUACAUUGAUCGAAACAAAAAUGCUGAUUUCUUAAUCAAAAAUCAAUUAUUUGAUUGGAUUUAUAGCAGAUUCAAAGAUUCAGUCACAAAAUAUCCACAAUUAAAAUUGGCAUUGUUUCAUUUAGUUUUUAACUUGAUUAUAUAUACAAAUGACUUAGCUUGGCUUCCACACGAUUUCUUUUUCGAGCUUUUCCCAUCUAGUUUAACAGAUGAAUUCAGAUUUCCAAUUGAUAUUUUUAUUUCUGAGGUUUUACCAAAAGUUUUCAUCCAAAAGAAUUUAGCCGAUGCGAAAUUACCAAAUAACCAGUUCUUAAUUUUAUGUUACGAAAUAGGAAUUGAAGAUCAAAAUUUUUUAAAUUCGAUGAUCAAAUAUUUUCCAAGAUAUUUCAAUUUUUCGGAUAGAGAAACACAAAUACCUUCAGAAUUAUUUUCAGCUCUGCUAAAUUACUUCAAUGAAAACCCAAAUAACGAAUUUUACUUGAAUUUCCUUAAGAUAUUUGAUAUUGGAGUUUCAAAUGAAGAUUUGAUGCUUCUUUUCAUUUCAAUGUUUGAAAAUAUCUUCAACUUUGCGAAAGAAAACGAAAUUUUCAACAAUAACUCGAUUCCUAUUUUAAUUUCAAUAAAACAGAAACUUCCACGUGAUGUUCCAGAGUGUGCUUUCAUUAAAACUGCAGAUAUCGGAAUACAAACCCUACAAUAA